AUGGGUUUAGGAGGUGUGCUUAUGCAAAAUGAUAAAGUUGUUACUUAUGCGUCAAGGCAGUUGAGAGUUCAUGAGAAGAAUUAUCCUACGCAUGAUUUAGAGCUUGCUGCUGUUGUUAUCAAGGAAGCUCAGAAGUUGGAUAUGAAAUUGGAAGAUUCGAUGGUUGGAAUCGAUCAGGUUGAGAAUAGUGAUUUCAAGUUGGAUGCGCAAGGUGUGUUGAGAUUUCGUAAUCGAAUUUAUAUUCCUGAUGAUGUGGAUUUGAAGAGAGCGAUUCUUGAAGGUCAUAGAAAUGGUCAGAUGGAGGGGACGAGUCAAUCUUUGGAGGAUUUGUUUAGAGCUUGUGUUCCUAAGCAGGGAGGUACGUGGGAUACUUAUCUUCCAUUGAUCGAGUUCACUUACAAAUAUAGUUACCAUUCUAGUAUUGGAAUGAUGCCUUUCGAAGCGUUGUAUGGUCAAAUAUGUAGGACUCUGUUGUGUUGGCAUGAAUUUGGUGAGUGUGUAGUGCUUGGACUAGAGAUUGUUCGAGAUACUACAAAGAAGGUUAAGUUGAUUCGAGAGAAGAUGAAGACUUCUCAGAGUAGGCUGAAGAGUUAUCGUGACAAUAGAAGGAAAGAUUUGGAAUUUCAAGCGGGUGAUCAUGUAUUUUUAAGAGUCACGCCGGUGACCAGUGUAGGGAGAGCAUUGAAGUUUAACAAGCCCACUCCUCGUUUUAUUGGACCGUAUCAGAUUUCAGAGAAGGUUGGGAAUGUAGCGUAUAAAGUGGCGUUACCGCCGAAUCUUUCGAAUUUGCAUGACAUGUUUCAUGUGUCACAACUUUGGAAGGUGGGGGAGUUUAUGCCGAUAUGGAUUAAGGAUAUGGAUGAUGUCCAAGAUAAUCUCACGGUGGAGUUUAUGCCGAUAAGGAUUGAGGAUCGCGAGGCGAAGACGUUUAGAGGCAAAGAGAUUGCUUUGGUGAAGGUAGUUUGGUCGGGAGCUACCGGAGAGAGUUUGACGUGGGAUUUGGAAAGCAAGAUGCGAGAGUUGUAA